AUUACUUGGACCAUAAUGAAGUGCAUCAAUUUCUCAUACUACCAAUGGUUUAGGUGUUUAAACACAUUACAAGUGUUUACUUUACUUUAAAAAAAUAAGACUUUCAUGCCUUUGUCUGUCAAUUACAUGUUGUUGUUUUUGGGAGGCAACCAUUAUCAUCCAUUCAAUAAAACCAACCUUUUUUUUUAUUAAUAUUUAUUUAUAUAAACGUUUCCACACACUUAAACACAUAUAUAUAUCCCAAGUUCUCAUCUUUGGAUAUAUAUAGGUUUUUUAGAACAAUAUCUGCAACCACUCCCUUGUUGUUCUUCUCCUUUGAUUACUUUCUCCUCCUUAUCUUGUUUUUUUGCUGUGAUCUGCUUAUCAAUGGCUGCCUGUGAAGAACAGAUGCUACAACAAAGUCCAUUCUCUAUAGGUUUGUAUGGUGAUUAUGGGAAAAAGAGUAGAUGGAUUAGCAUGGAAGGUGAUGAUAAUAAUAAUCAUGUUCAUGAUGAUGAUGCCUACAAUUCAACAUCAUCUGCAUCAUCAUCCUCCAUUGGGAAUUCUACCUCCUCAAACAGAUCAUCAUUAUCAUCUUCAUCAGAUUUGGUAGAUGAUGCAUCUUCAUCCCCUUCAUCAUCUGGUUCUUCAUCCCAUGAUCAUAAUGGACCUUUGUAUGAAUUGUCAGAACUCAUGUCCCAACUACCCAUCAAGAGAGGUCUUUCCAAGUUUUUCCAAGGCAAAUCACAGUCAUUCACAUCUCUAUCAAAAGUGUUGAGUAUAGAAGAUCUUGCUAAGAAGGAAAAUCCUUACAAUAUCAGAAGAAAAAUGAAGGCAUGUAAGAGUUAUGCUGGUGGUUUAGAUACCACCAAAUUAUAUACCCUUCCCAAGGCCACCAUUUCUAAGAAGGUCUCAAGAGGUUCUUCAUCAUUAUCUUUUUCUUUCACAAAUAGAAGAUCUGCCUAGUUUUUCAUGUAACAAACAAUAUCCUCCCUUCCAUUUCAUGUACAAAAGUACUUCUGAUGUAUCUUUAUUUUUUUAAUGACAUUAUUCAUGCAAACCUUCGUCUUUUGAUAUGUACACAUCUUCGACUAUAAAUGCCAAUUAGAAAAAUUUGUUUGCCAA